AAGCAUUUUCUCUCUAUGCUACCCCUGAUUCAUAAAUGUUGCUCAGAAACUUUCAAUGAAAUCUUUGGUGCAGUUAUCACUCGUAGUAGCCAGAAGACAGGUCUAUUGUAGGACAUAAUCCUUUCGGGAUCAGUAGUCUAAUCCAAUUGAAAUUAAGAUGAUGACAGCCCAGAUGUGACGUCACCCCGGGUCCGGAGAGCAACCCCGAAUCAGUGCGUGGCAGCUCGGCCGGGCUGGGCCAGCGAGGAAGGAGAAAACAUCUGGAUCGAGACGGAGUAAUGUCGGACUACACGAAGCCUCUGAGAUGUCCCUGCUGCUUCAUGAUGACCCUUCGCUUUCGAGUGAAAUAACUGUGUGAGAAGCCCCGAGACUCUUUUAGGAGACUUUGCAGAAGUUGGCACGCACCAGUCCUCGUUAUGGAUCAGUCCGUCGCAAUUCAGGAAACUUUGGAAAAAGAGGAGACCUGCAUCAUAGCCGUCCAAUGUGAUGUCUUCUUUGAAAGUAUCACAGAGAGUAGACUGCUGGGUUUGGUGGAGUCCGCACAAGAACAUGCGCUUUUUAUUUAUACUCAUAGAAGAAUGGCUAUCACUGCUGAUGAUGUGUCACUGGAGGACAUUAUCCCCAUCUCCCUCGAGUUUGCAGUUGUGGAGGUUUCCUCACCAGAUGAACUUGCAGUUGUGGGUGCUGACACCAGGGUGAGAGUAAGCUUCGAGGAGGAGGAGUUGGAGCUCAGGCUCCCUUUCGGCUCCCACUCACGCCUCUUCCUCAGUGAGGUCAACAGGGCCUGGAGUGAUGUGUGCAAGUCUCCCUCACAGGUACCGAAGUUUGAGUGGGUCAAGAAGUACCACAAAGCCACCAGAGGCCAAGCAGUAGUCAAACAGGCCCUCGCCCCCCUCGGAGCAACACUCACCAAACUCAACCAACACAGGAAAUCAGAGAAAUUAUUGCAGACAGACAAAGGAUCGGUGGAGAAGGAGAAAAGUUUUGACAGUGGUCAAGAGAAAUCCGGGUCACCGUCCAGCCCAGAGAGUCGGGGCAAAGUGAUUCGCGAGAGCCGGGAUGAGCUGGUGCGCUCGUCCAGCCACACCCAGUUCAACAAAGCUCACAUCCUGGCCAUGCCGCAGUUCGGCCUACGUGACAACCUCAUCAAGUGUGAGCUGCUGAAGAAUGAGGACUUGUACACCUACCUGGAGUACUUCAGCUUUUUCCUUGGUACAUACAAUGUGAAUGGCCAAACACCAAAGGAAAGCCUCCAUCCUUGGCUGAGCUGCACUCCCAACCCUCCUGACAUGUACUGUGUGGGUUUCCAGGAGCUUGACCUCAGCAAAGAGGCCUUCUUCUUCAACGACACCCCCAAAGAGCAGGAGUGGAUGAAGGCUGUCUCCGAGGGCCUGCAUCCAGAUGCCAAAUACGCCUUAGUGAAGCUGGUGCGUCUGGUGGGCAUUAUGCUGCUGUUCUAUGUUAAGAAGGAACAUGCAGAGUUCAUCUCCGAAGUGGAGGCUGAGACCGUCGGCACCGGCAUCAUGGGGAGAAUGGGAAACAAGGGUGCCGUGGCGAUUCGUUUUCGCUUUCACUACUCGGACAUCUGCGUGGUCAACUCUCACCUAGCCGCCCACAUCGACGAGUACGAGAGACGUAACCAAGACUAUAAGGACAUUUGCAGCCGGCUUCAGUUUCGCCACCUAGACCCCAGCCAGCCCCCGCUCACAAUCAUGAAGCACAAUGUGGUCCUAUGGCUUGGGGAUCUCAACUACAGGAUCAGUGACCUUGAUGUUGACUAUGUGAAGGAUCUAAUCACCAAGAAGGAUUUUGAAACGCUGCACAAUAACGACCAGCUCAAGAGGCAGAUCGAUGAGGAGGCUGUAUUUGUCGGCUUUGUGGAAGGAGAGAUCGAUUUUCAGCCAACAUACAAAUAUGACACCGGCUCUGACCAGUGGGAUACAAGUGAAAAGUGUCGCGUGCCGGCCUGGUGUGACCGGAUCCUGUGGAGAGGGAAGAAUGUCAGGCAGCAACAUUACCAGAGUCACAUGGCCCUGAAGACCAGUGACCACAAGCCAGUCAGUUCCCUGCUGGAGAUUGGGAUCAAGAGAGUGAAUGAUGAGGCCUACAAGAAGACCUUUGAGGAGAUUGUGCGUAACAUAGACAAGAUGGAGAAUGAGUGUAUUCCAUCUGUAACCUUGUCCAAGCGAGAGUUCCACUUUAAAGAUGUGAAAUUUAUGCAACACCGGGCAGAGACGUUGAGUCUCCUUAAUGACGGGCAGGUCCCGUGCCAGUUUGAGUUCAUCCAGAAGCCCAAUGAGCCUACCUACUGUAAACCCUGGCUCACUGCCAACCCCCCCAAAGGCUUCAUUGCUCAGGGUGGUCGUGUGGACAUUGACCUGGAGGUGUUUGUCAACCGCUCAACAGCACCUGAUCUAAACUCUGGCCAGCAGCAGAUCGAGGACAUCCUGGUGCUCCACCUGGAGCGAGGCAAGGACUACUUCAUCUCUGUGUCCGGAAACUACCUGCCCAGCUGCUAUGGCACCUCCAUCCGCACGUUAUGCCGGCUAAGGGAGCCCAUCCAGGACAUGCCCCAAGAGACCAUCCGUCAGCUGACUGAGAUGUCAGAUGAUGCAGAAAUCACUGAAAAGCCUCUAGACAUUCCUAAAGAAAUCUGGAUGAUGGUGGAUCACUUGUUCCGCAAUGCCAUCAAACAGGAAGACCUGUUUCAGCAACCUGGGCUCCGAAGUGAAUUUGCAGAAAUAAGGGAUUGCCUUGACACAGGCAUGCCAGACUCUCUCCCUGGCAGUAACCACUCUGUGGCAGAGGCCUUGCUCCUCUUCCUUGAUGCCCUCCCAGAGCCUGUGGUACCCUACUCCCUCUACCAGCAGUGCCUAGAAUGCUGCUCCAGUGCCAGCCAGUGUGAGAAGGUUGUAUCCAUGCUACCUCAGUGCCAUAAAAACGUGUUCAACUAUUUAGCUGCCUUUCUUCGUGAGCUAUUGAAAAAUUCUGCAAACAAUCGAUUGGAUGUCAACAUUUUGGCCACCAUUUUUGCUGCCCUGCUCCUGAGGUCCCCCACAAAGCAGGAUCUUGCAGAGAAGAGGAAGACCCAGGAGUUCUUUCAGCACUUCCUGGUCCAAGACCUCUGCUAGAUGGAGGGGUCCUCUGUUUCGUCCUUCAUGCUGAAUAGCGAACACUACAACUAUGUACAGCCUAGUAUUUGAAAUAAAUUAUGAUUUCCUCUAUUCCUAGAACGCUCUCUGUAUAGAUUGUGUAAUUAGUACAACUGAAAAUCUUCUUCUAUUUCAGUGUUUCACAGCAAUGUUUGUGAGCUGCUGAUGCACAGCUUUUAUUGUAUAUCACAGAGCAGCUGUAGAGAGCUAACCAUUUUUAAUGUAUGUAUAUUGCCAUUUAUUUAAGAUAAAUAAUUUGUAUUUUGAUGUUUCAGGUCUCAACAGCUGAUUUUUUUUCUUUUAUAUAUAAAAAGUGUUAAAAACAGAAGAUGUGCUGCACUAGUAUUUUUAAAAUAUUUUAUUCAUUUUGAUGAAUGUUGUCAAAUAGCAAGCAAAGGAAAUGAACUUGAAUAACAAUGUCUAUGAGUAUAUAUA